AUGAUCCUUGCAUUUUUUGGUUUCUGCAUUCUUACAGUUUUAUUACUGCUUUCGCUCUUAUUUGAUCGCGCAAAACGACGGAGUUUACCAAGAUGUCAGCGGGCGUUGCUAGUUAUUGCUCAUCCUGACGAUGAAACGAUGUUUUUUACUCCGACUCUUCAUGGCUUGCGACUUUCUGGAUCAAAUAUUUAUAUGCUUUGCAUUUCUACGGGUAAUUCCAAUGGUCUGGGUGUAAAACGUAAAUACGAGUUGGCUAGCGCUUUCAUUGUUCAUGGAUUAUCACUUGAUAAUCUGACUAUUCUAAACUAUGAUAAUUUCCAAGAUGGAUUCAUCCAGUGGUCUAAAGAAGAGUUGGCCAAGGUCAUCUUGAGACAUAUGCAAAUGCUGGAUGUGGACUUAGUAAUUACCUUUGAUGAAGGUGGUGUUAGUGCUCAUCCUAAUCAUAUUGGAUGCUUUCGAGCGCUGCAGUAUCUUUACACAAAUGGUUUGAUUCCAGCUGGAGUACAGAUUUUUGUAUUGGAAAGUGUAUCGUUCUGGAGGAAGUAUGUGAUACUUUUGGAUGCUCUGAUCAGUUCAUUCCACUCUACAUUUCUGUAUAUCUCUUCACCGCUAUUGUACAUCACUGCCUGGCGAGCUAUGUGGGCACAUCGUUCUCAGUUGGUGUGGUUUCGCUGUCUAUAUAUGCUGUUCAGCCGUUAUAUUCUUAUUAAUACACUGAAGAGGAUACAUGCACAACCAAGAUAUCCUGUACUUAAGAAGAAAUCGCAUUUUCACUGA